AUGGCCAUGCUCAGAAACCCCUCGUAUUCUCCGGUGGGUCAAUGGCUUGUUCCACCAGCAUUUCGCACAUCAGCCGCGCUCCUACGUAAUCUGCCACCGCCUGUUCCUCGCCAUCGACGUCGCUCCAUCACAAACGCAACCAAAACCGACUACAUCCCCUCCCUCCUCGCUGUUCCUCGAGUCGCGGCGAAGCCAGGUGGUUGGCAUCCCACUUUGAUCCACUCUUCCCGAGACAUCAAGUUCACAGUCAUCAGACUUGCUCCUGGUCAAGGAGAAGUGCCGACUCACUGGCACAGUCAUGUGUGGAACUACUUUGUCCCGCUGGAGGGAGAGGCAGUCAUCGAGACAUAG